AUGUCCUCCCAACUCGCUGUGCAGCUUACCCUCCUCGUCUUCAGUCUCUCGACACAGGCCUCGCCAACCCAAAAUAGAGACCCGGCAGGCUUCCUCGCCGGUGCGGGAUCGUCGUGGAUGUGGCCCCGCGACAACAGCACUAUCACUACAAGCAAUGUGACUGCCGUUCGUAUAUUCAACCCGGACGGUCCUAGCAAGGAGUUGAAGAGCGUUAUGAUCAAAUACGCCCGUGCGGCAAAGUUCCUCUCCGGUAUCGGACUUAACCCCGACACGCACCCCGAGAACGGGUACCCCCAGUUCCACCCGCCCAACCCGUCUACGUUCACCCAAGUCACGAGCGCCUCAGAUGCCGCAGACACGGUGGACGCCACGGACACCGCCGCACAAGGCUCGCAAGGCAACGGGGGCAGCAUCAUCACCGUGACCCCAGUAGCCGCGGAGCCAGGGACUAUCCGCAUGCCGCUGACGGACUACAUCGGCGACUUCGACGUGAUGUACUACGGGCCGAUGAGCUUCGGGUCGAAGCAGACGGUGCUGCAGGUCGACAUCGAUACGGGCUCCGCGGACCUGUGGAUUCCUGUCAAUUGUAGGAAUUGUCGCAAUACCGGGUACAGAUCGAAGGGGAGCGCGACAUACCAGCCGUCCACGGACCAGUGCACAAUCAGCUAUGGAACUGGACAGGUCUCUGGUACUGUAGCCGUGGACACUGUAGCCAUUGGCGCGGCGAGCGUGUCCAAGCAGACGAUGUGUGCGGUCAGCAAGGUCUCCGACGACCUCAACACGGAGCCCAACAGCGGCCUCCUCGGCAUGGCGUUUGGGACCAUCGCGCAGGCAAACAACAAAACCACUACCUUCUUCGAAAACCUCCUCGAGAAGAAAGCGCUCGCGGCGAGCGUGUUUUCGGUACACAUGACGCGCGGGAAGGAGGAGGGCUCUGAGGUGUGCUUUGGGUGCUACGACCCGACGAAGGUGGUGGGCCCUGUGACCUGGAACGACGUCGUAUCCCGCUCAUACUGGUCGAUCGCCAUGAACGGGACCUCCGUGAACGGCACAAACUCGGCCGUGGACCUCAUCGCGGCCGUUGACACCGGCACGUCGCUCAUCUACCUGCCGGAUCGUGUAGCUGCGGACUUCUACGCUCUGAUCCCGGGGUCAGCCCCAGCGGUGCAGUAUGGCGCAGGUUUCUACACGUACCCCUGCGACGCACUGCCGUCCGUGUCGCUCAUCUUGAGCGGAAAGCCGUACGCGAUCCAUCCGGACGACUUCAACAUCGGGCGGCUGGAAGCGAACUCGCCCGACUGCGUCGGCGGAAUCCUCGCGCUGAGCAAGGGCUUCGCGCCCGACCUCGCCAUCAUCGGGGACGAGUUCUUGAAGUCUUGGUACUCGGUCUUCGACUACUCGGGCAGAGUGGGCUUAGCCCCGAGCAUCAACAACAGGUAA